GCUUCAAUGGCAUGGCGUUUGAAUGGGAACAGGAAGGAGUUGCACACUUAGCUAGUUGACUAGCCUGGCAGGUGCUAACUCUGUAGUCGGUACAACCGUGUUAGCUGAAAGUCCUUGAAUGACGACAUUUAUAAUAAAUUAGCCGGACCAUUACAGGGAUUUAAAAGACGUUUCGACACGAGGGAGAUGGAUAUUAAAUAACAAUCUGUCCGAAGAGGUGAGUGCUUGCUAAUGAUGGAUGCUAACAAGGCUAAAGCCUGAACCAAACCAAGACUACAGCUGAUAUUGGACCUUAGUUCUGAUCAAUACCGGGUCAUAUCAGAGUCCAGCUCAUUUUGCUGGGACUCAUGUGGGUUUUUAACCAACACACGGUCCUUUCAGGGCGUUGUUGAAUGGUUUCACUCUGCUGUGGGAUCAAGGUGUCCUCUGACGGCCUCUAUCAGCAGCCGACUGGGUUUGGGAUACAGAUGAUCAAUUAACAGAUGAUCGAUCAGCUCUUACCAAGGCUAUAGAUUAACAAAUCCAGUCUGCCUUAGGUGAGUAUGACCUUUGAACUGUCCACUUAGAUAGUCAGGGAUAAAUGUCUUAGAUAGAGGAGAAGUAAAAGUCCACACAAGGGGUCAGAGGGCAGAAACUCCACUCUCCUGUAACCUGUGAGCUCAGGUGUUUAUGAGUUUAGAGGGUCUGAACUCCAUUUAUUGGUCUUUUAAGAGGAAGAAAAAGCUGCAGUUUGCUGCAAAUAUGAUGUAGAACAUGAAAUAUGUAUUCAGGAAAUCAUUAAAAUUAUCUGUCGUAUUAACUCUAUAAAUAAUUCCUAUAUAAGUGAUCAUUUUAAAUGUCUGUGCUGUUAGAGGGAUUUAAGUUAAGAAAGAAGGAGUUUAGCUCAGUCAGUAGAACAGGAAGCUCAGGUACAGCAGCUAUGGUCCUCGUCACACUGGUUUCAGGAUUGAUUUCCAGUCCCUACAGGAUUUAGUACAAGAUUCCCUCUAUGUUGAGCUGCGUCACCCCACUAGUCCGCAAUGGACUGGUCCGGGGUCUCUGCUAAAAAAAUCUCGAGGGGGUGUCUAACUCUGUGUUAGGGUGUGUUUGACCCUAAAUUAAUUUUACACCGGAAUAUCCCUUUAAAAGUAGUAGCUCAAAACGCAAAAAUAGGAUUGAUGUGGUCGUGUUUCCAGUUCUGGUUUGAUGCCUGGCUGACAGUCUGUUUCAGUCUGUUUAAAUAGGCUGUUACUGUUACAUAUGCUGACACAGACAGCCUAACAUCACCUCCUGUUAAAAGCUGUUGUUUACUCCUGUGUAAAACUUAACCUCCCUGUUUUUCUGCUAUCAGGCAGGGAUCAUUCUGAUGACGGGGCAGCUACAGCUGACAGGAUGCAGCAGAAAAGGAACAUCCAGAUCAUCGAGUGGGAGGACCUCGAUAAAAGGAAGUUCUAUUCUUUUGGGGUGUUCAUGACGAUGACCAUUCGGGCCACCGUCUAUCCGGCCACACUCAUAAGAACACGGCUACAAGUGCAGCGGGGGAAAUCGCUGUACAGCGGUACUUUCGAUGCCUUCUUCAAGAUUCUGCGGACGGAGGGCGUUCGAGGACUUUAUCGCGGCUUCAUGGUUAACACCUUCACACUGAUCUCAGGCCAGGCUUACAUAACCACAUACGAGCUAGUGAGGAAGUACGUCUCCCAGUACUCCAAGGACAAUACGGUGAAGUCUCUGGUGGCGGGCGGCUCGGCUUCGCUGGUUGCUCAGAGCAUCACUGUUCCCAUAGAUGUUAUCUCUCAGCAGCUGAUGAUGCAGGGUCAAGGGGAGCACCUCACCCGCUUUCGGCUGAAUUCUAACUCAGAGAAAGGAAAACCCAAAAAAGUGUUUGGCCAAACCAGGAACAUUGUGUCGCAGAUUUUUGCUGCUGAUGGUUUCAGGGGUUUCUACAGGGGAUAUGUGGCUUCUUUACUCACUUACAUCCCAAACAGUGCUGUCUGGUGGCCUUUCUAUCAUUUCUAUGCUGGUAAGAAGCUGGAUCUUGUGCUUACCAAACUAUAUUUAGUUCUUUAGAACUAACUUUCCUUGUUUUUUUAUGCAAAGUCAUAAAUGUGUAGCUGUGCAUUUUAAGCUCCUCAAGCAAAAAAAACACCACCUUUAGGUUAAUUUUCUGUUUGUGUACUGUUCUACAGAGCAGCUCUCUAAUCUGGCUCCAAGUGACUGCCCUCAUCUGAUCCUACAAGCCACAGCUGGACCUCUGGCUGCUGCCACUGCCUCAACUGUCACCAACCCCAUGGAUGUGGUCAGAGCCCGAGUACAGGUAUCUCUCAUUUCCUGAGGAUCUAAAAACAAACACUGCAGGGUUAUUUUGGGGCUGUUGUGUUAAAUUUGGAGGAAGCUGGCAGUGUAAAAUGUGUGUCACCCAAAAUGAUGAUUAUCUGUGUUACUGUUUAACUAACUGAAAACAGCUUUUGUGACAAGUCCAUGUCAGGAUUAUACUUAUGCAUCUAAAAGUGCUCAAGAAAUAAAUUUCACCUUUUGUGUUUAGUUGUGAUUUUAAGUUUUGGCUACAAACAACAACACAACAUGUUCUGUGUGUUUGUUUUUGUGUAGGUUGAAGGGAGGAGUUCAAUCAUUGAGACAUUCAGGCAGCUGAUCCGAGAAGAGGGCAUGUGGGGACUAACCAAAGGACUGUCCGCUCGCAUCAUUUCUUCCACACCUACUGCCAUCGUCAUGGUGGUCGGCUACGAGACGUUGAAAAAACUGAGUUUGAGACCCGAGUUGGUGGACUCCAGACACUGGUAGAAGUUACCUGGAUGGAGAUUAUCGGACCAUGUGCCAUUUUAGCCCUCAAGUUAGAUUUUCUGUGAAUGCAGUGGGUGAGAGAGAAGUAUAUUUUUAAUGACAGCCCAGGGAACAAAGUAGAUUCAUCUUUUACAAACAUCACCUAUGUGUAAGACUUUAACCUUUACAUAUGGAUAAUAUAUUAGUUUUAGAUUACAUACACAGCCGUCAACAUUCACACAAGAUGCAGCUUCAUAGUUUGUUUGUGUGGCCUCUUAUCAGCUUUGUGUUGCAUUUUUAGUGCGUUUAAGAAUUGUGAGUGGGAUGUUGUAACGCUGAGACAGAUAAGCUGACAAAUCUCCAAAGAACCAAGUAAGAUAAAGUUUAAAAAAAUGAAAGGCAGAUGAGUGAUUCUGAGGGGGAAAAUCAAAAACUUAUUAAUCUGAGUCAUCACUUGUAAACCAUCAGAGGUGUGUGAACAGAGACCUCGACCUCUGCCUCUCUGUCCCUCACUCUGACUCCAGAGAUCUUCAUCCUCAAUAAAACAUAGAAAAGAUAUAUUUUUAGGACCUCUGGGUAUCUGCGAUUAUUGCUUCAGAUACGGUAAAACCUCUGAGAAAAUAUGCCUUCAGCAAACAAUUUCAAAUCAUUUCAGGAAAACACCACAGAGCAAACAGAGUAGAGUCUUUUCUUUUCAUGUAAUGUGCCCUUGCUCUCACUCCUUGGCCUCCUUUCUCUUUGGAGCUCUGUUCUUUGGCAGACACUAAAAUCAGUCUCGCCUGAGUGGAGAGCUUUAGCAGCUCCUCUUUGUUACCAGUCCUACCAGGAAGAAGAAAAAAUAUUCAUACAACUGACAAAUCUACUCAUUCUGCCUUUAAAUGUCUUCCCCAUAAUAAUGUUCAAGCAGCUAUGCAGUGGAGUCAAGUUUGACUGAUUGGUGACAGACUUUAACCUCAAGAAUUGAAGGCUAGAUGGGUAUCAUGUAAAGAAAUCUUACCUGAGUCUGUUGUGCAGUUUCUUUUUUUUCUGCCUUUUUAAAACUUCUGCCUUCAGAGUGUUAUCAACACAAACCAUUAGCUCUCUUUCUUUUUUAUUGCUACAGGUGCGUGAGAAGAACAGUAGGUUAUAGUAUCUGUGCAUCGUGGCAGCCUCUGUGUUUGUGUUCAGUUCGAUGUCUAGUAACCUGCAAAGACUUAAUCAAGAGAAAACAAAUUCCUUGAAAACUGUAGAAUAACGCUACAAAUACCUACACUCCUGUCUCUUACGAGUGAACUGACAGACGGACAUUGUAGAAGAUAAUGCAGUAAUGAUGCUGGUUAAAGAGGAGUGGAUUUGGUGAACAGGUACCUGCCAUUAGUUCAAACCUGUGAGCUGAGGGAGGUUGAUGCCUGAGUGCAAUAAUGUAAAUGUUUUAUUCUCUUCAGCACAAAGUGUGAUUGUACGUAUCCUGUAAAUUGUGUGAAUAACAUGUUGAAAAGAAUGUGUUGUACCUAAUUUAUUGUCCUGUUUAUGUUUUGGGGAUUAUGACCACUGAUGUGUUUCUGCUUCUUGUGUGUUUAGUCCUUUCUGUUGGUUUUGAGGGAGUUUGUUGCUUUUGUAACUUAUGAUUUCUGUUUGGGUUUUUCAGGAGAGGUGAUUCUUUAACAAAUAAAUCAAGGAGUCAGAUCAAACUAAUCAUAAUGUAAAAAUAAAAGUGUAAAUGAGGAUUAAAAGAGGUGUGUAGUGGGUUGUUUUAACUUGAUUGAGGGAAAAGUUUAUUAAAGAGAUUUGCUCAGGUCAGGAUAAACUCUGGAGUCGUCAUAAAUCCAUGCUCCAUUGUUGUAAGUGAAGUGUCUGAAGCACAUUUUCAUGCAGUGAUUCACCCACACACUCCUUUUAGUUGUUUUCUUGUUUUAACAACCCAUGAGCUGUGUGAGAGAAGGGAUCAAAGCAGCUGCUGUAAUAAGACUGAGUGCGGUCUUUUUUAUGUUUGAUUUCUCUGCACAGAUUUUACAUUUAAAGUGUUGUCAGAUGAUGUUGUCAGUAAAGAAGUGAGGAGAUUAGUCUUCUACACUAAGUCUGGACCUGAUUGACAUCAACAAAGACUAUAUCGUGUCAAACCAUGCUUUGUGUCUGUGUGUCCUGGUUCAUUCUGGUCAAUAAAGUAUUAGAUCUGCUUAAAGUCACAUUGGGUUCUUCAUUAUUUCUAUCCAGAUGAGAUCCUUACAUUUCCUACUUGUACAUAUAUCCCUAUUAAAUUUCAGCCUUAAAAAUGUGAACAACAACUCAUCACCUUCAAAUAUCUGACAAACUUGAAAUGCUUCUUUGGCACUGACUUGUUAAAAUGUCUGAUCAGAGACUCACUAGAAAGACUUAAUAUUGGAGACUCUUCAUGAAAUCACUACAGAUAAAUCACAGUGACCACACGUGGCGCUUGUAUGGUUAGCUAUUAAUCAAAAUACAGGUGGUGAUAGAGGAGAUGAUGUACUUUUGAUUUACUCCUAUUUCAUAAGACCAGGAAGAGGAUUUGUGUGGACAUGUCAGUACUGUGUUCGUCUUCUGGGACUCUGUUGCACAAAUAAAGAGGUGUGGGAGGUAAACCUAUUUUGUUUUGGUGUUGUUCACAUAAAUCUUACAGGGUGUGGCUCUCUGACUCAAAAGGUCAUGUUUCAUCAUGGUGGAUAGAUGAUUUAACUCAAAAAUACAACAUUUGAUUUUUAGUCUGUCUUACAAAAAAUGUUUAUGUUGUGUUUUGUGAUAAAUCUGACUUUUAAGUUCUUAUUUACACUUGUACAGUGUACAACUGUUUUUUUAAUUUCAUUUUAUCAUUCAUAUUACCAUCAUUAUUAUUUUAUUAUGAUAUCAUUAUUAAUAUCCUCUUUUAUACUUACUAUCCUGUUUCCUGCUUUCUGCCCUCCUUUUCUAUUUCAUUCUCGUUCUUACCUAUUUUAUGUUUUUAUUUUAGUCCUCAUGGUCUCAUUUUAUGUUGUAGGGUUCUUGUAUUGCCUGGGUUUCUUAUAUAAAAUGAAGCUAGCCUUCGAUUCAGAGGCCUUGUUUUUAACUGAGCUUUUGUUUUUAUUUGUUUUUUAUAUUCAUGUGCUGAUGUUCUGUGCUUGCAACUGUUGUC